AUGCGUCUGUGGCCUCUUACAUUCUGGGUCACUUUGGUGACCGCUUGGGUCGACAACCGAGGGACAACAUGCGUGUUAUACCCCGAAUCCCUAGUCCAUCGUGGACAGCCUGUUGAUGAUGCCCCGUCUAUUCAACAAGCCUUUGAUAUGUGUGGCACGAAUGGAACGGUCAUUUUCUCCGAGAACGUCUUCCAUGUGAACACCGUUCUUAACACCACCAAUCUGCUGAAUUGCGAUGUUCAUCUCCGAGGCGAGCUACGCUUCUCGACAAACAUCCCAUACUGGAGAACCCAUUCGAUCAGUGUUGUUCUGCAGGAUCAAGUCACCGCAUGGCUCUUUGGGGGUCAAAACGUGAACUUCUACGGUGAGGGUGGCUUUUACAACGGUCAGGGCCAAGCGUGGUACAACGCGAACCGGAAUGAAUCGAACCAGGCAGGACGGCCCAUGAGCAUGACGUUCUACAACUCGACCAAUCUCCUUGUCGAUGGUCUGAAGGUGGUCCAGCCGCAGUUCUGGGCGACGUUUGUUUGGGCGAGCCGGAAUGUCACAUUUACAAACUUGUUUGUCAAUGCCACCAGCAACAGCGAAUGGGGCACGAUGAACACCGAUGGGUUCGAUUCCUGGCAGAGUGACAACCUGCUAGUGGAAAAUGCCACCAUCAUCAGCGGCGAUGAUUGCAUCGCAGCCAAGGGCAAUACAACAAACCUCCUUGCCAGGAAUAUCUAUUGCGAAGGCGGCACCGGAAUCACGAUCGGAUCGAUCGGUCAAUACCCAGACAUGCCCGACUACAACCUCAACACGACCUUUGAGAAUGUGACAAUCAAGAACGCCAUGGAUGGCGCCUAUAUCAAGACCUGGCAAGGCACGCGCAUCUUCACUCCCAGCAACGGUGACUGGGGUGGCGGUGGCACCGGCCUCGUGAAAAACAUUACUUUCCGCAACUUCGAAAUGGACAAUGUCGGACUGCCCAUUCAGGUUUCCCAGUGCGUGUACUCGGCUGGCUCCGAUAAGAACUGCAAUACCUCGACAUUGCAGAUCGAAGACGUGAAAUGGGAAAACAUCCAUGGCACGUCCCGGUUCAACAUUGCUUCGUCGAUCUACUGUUCGGAUGAGCGCCCCUGUCCCAACAUUACCUUUGAGAAUGUGAACAUCACCAGCUUGAAUGCCACCCGUGGUCUGCCUUACUAUGGCACGGAUAUGCAGCACGAACUGUUCCAGUGCACCAACGUCCUGGGCCAGAAGAGCUCGGGGAUUCCUUGUAAUCAAGCCGCUCCGAGCAACUUCAGUCAGUGGAUCUAUGGGAACGUCGACAGUUCGGGCCUGUCGACCGGGACUUCCGGUCAUCUUGGGAAUUAA